CGGCUCGCGCCGCGGCGCCGUUAGCGGCCGCGGCAACGGCCCCUUCCGGCGGGCCAUGGACGGCUUCGUGGAGCGGGCGGCGCCGUGCCCCGCCGCGCAGGCGGGCAGCGCCCUGCUGCCGGCCCUGCACCUGCCCUUCCUGCCGCCGCACCUCUACCGGCCGGCAACUUCCCAUGAACACAAAUUAAACUUCAGGAAGAGCAAGGAAGCGUGCUUAAGUUAUAUUCAGGAUGCUAUGCUACAAAAGCAGUGGAAGAGGGCUGCAGAGUUUCUGACCUUCUAUAUUGAGUCAUUGGAGAAAGACUUCUCUACAGAAUACAUGAGUCCUUCAGAGUUGAUUUGGAGAAUAGGAACAGAAAUUUUGUGCCAUCAUUCGCAUAGCAGCAUGAAAGAGUUCAACUCUUUCAUAGAACAGAUGAAAACUUUAGGAGUGAAAAGAUAUUUGAAGGUCUGUUUAGAGCAUGCAUUUCAUCUCCUUUGUAAUGGACGAACAGAUGAAGCCUACCAAAACUUGUCCCUGGCAGAAAGCUGGAGAUUUGGAGAGCAAACAAAUGCUCAGGAUAAAGAACUGAAACUGAUUCAGGCUUACAGAGGACUGUUGGACUACUAUAGCUGGUCUAAGCAGAAGAAUGUCCUGCUAGAGUAUAAUAAGGAUGGAUUUGAAGACUUAUCUGUUGAACAGGAAAUGCACAGUUCCUUCCGGAAGGCAGCAGUGAACUUAAAGGAUAUCAUUCAAAUACCUGGAGUCUGGGAUCUGUUUGUGAAAUGCUGUGUAGAUUUGUUGGAGUUCUAUGGGGAGCAUGAUGAAGCCCGCCAAGUAUUAAGUGAAUAUGCCUACAACUCAAAGUUUCCUGCUAAUCCCAAUGCUCAUGUUUACUUCUAUCAGUUCCUAAAGAGACAUGGUGAACCAAAGAAGUCAUUGAUAUCUGUGCUUAAGAUUUUGCAUGAUAUUGUUCCCUCUCAUGAACUAAUGAUAGAUUUUAACACCAUGCUUCAGAAAUCAAAGAAAAGAAAAAAACGUCGACUGGGGCUAGAGGUUAUUUUUGCAGCUUUGGAUUAUGCUGGGUGGAAGGAAAACGUAAAAGCAUGGAGUUGUUUGGCAAGACAAGUUAAACAAAUUAUAAUCUCUGAGAAGCAUCUUGACUGGAUCAAGCAGGAGUGGAACUCCAGAAAGGACUGGUGGCCAGCCUUCCAUUUUAGCCGCUACUUGGCAAAAAGGAAUUGGCAGGACGAUGAAAGCCUUGCGUAUGAAAAAGCUCUGGUGGCUGGAAUCUUACUGGGAAAGGAUUGCAAGUACUUUAAAUAUGUAUCACACCAAGGCUGUAAAGAUAAGAAGAAAAGAUUUCGGACACUGAAGAAAUUUGUGAAUAAGCACAGUCCUGUCUACCUGAGAAUAUCUGGUCUUUCAGAUUCUUCUAUACAAAAUUGAUUAGACAUCCUAAGAUUCUCGCUGUACUUUUUCUUCUCUGUGAAACUGGGUUCUGUAUCAGUGCUGCUCUAAAACUUCUAGGCAAGCCCUAUCAGCUCGGUGCUGGACUUCUUGUGUGUUUCUGUAAACAAUUUGGUUUGUAUUUAUUUUGUAAUGAAAUUAAUUUAUGUCCACCCGUAAGGUUAAAGGAUUUCUUUUAAUAUUAGUCUAACUUUUGUGAAAUGCAAACAAAAUUGUUUUCAAAUAAAUCUUUAAAUAUUUAAUUAUGGAGCAGAAUUUCUGUGGCGGUAGUAUAGUAGGGUUGAUUCCUAUUGUAUUUAGAUACAGAGAAACUGAUUUAAAUAGCUGUGGGAAUGUAGUUUAAAUCCAUUUAGGGUUAGCUGCAGUAUUCAUAAUAAGUAGGAGUGUCUAAACCUAGGAAUGCUGUGUGAUGCAGUGCAAAAAUAUACUUCUCAACCUGUAAAGGUUACAUAACUUGCUGCUUAUAAUUAAUUUUCAUGAAGUAAAUGGAAAAUGAGGCCUAUAUUGUAUUCUUGCACAGUAAUUUAGUAGAAUUAUAGGUAGUGAAGUUCUACUGCAGUUUGUUCAAGUGGAUGAUGCACUUAAACAUAUCCAAAACUACGUUUUAAAUGUUAUGCUUGUGGGUUGUGUCUGGUUUGGGAAAUGCUUUCACUUCCUUCCUAAUAGGAGGGAGGGAAAGGUCAUCUCAAUUGCAUGGCUACAGAAGAAAGCUGGUGUCACGGUGCUUUGAGAGAGCAAAGAAACAGGACUACCAAAAACUUCACUACCUGAUGGAAGAGGUUUGCUACAACCUUCUUGUAGUCCUGCUCGUUACAGUUGAAAUACGUGCUGUUACUCUUUCUGGAAAGCAGAUGUUAAUGUGUUGUUACAAACUAGCUGUACAGUUUUGUUUUGUUUUCCUUUUUACUUCAAAAAAAAAAAAUUAAAUACGUGUUUCUGUUUUAA